AUGUCGUGCGUUGAGUUCAUUCUCCAGUUGAACAAACAGGCGUCAAAAUGCAACUAUGGUGACCGAUUGGAAGAAGAACUUUGCGACCGUCUCAUUGCUGGAAUCAACAACAUCUCAUUACAACGUAAGAUGUUGGAAAAGAAAGAUAUCACGUUUGCUGAGGCUCCAAAUAUCUGUGAGCAAAGUGACGAUUUGUGUGCUGCCACAAAUGCGGAUUCUCCUGUGUUAUUCCAUCGGCGAUCAACGAAACCUUUACGUGACGCAGUAUUUCAUACUGAAUUUUUUGAAAAUCCUUCCGAACCCAUAAUGAUUUAUGGUGCAAUAGCUUUAUCUGCGUGCUGCUCUUAUAUUGACAUUUCACGAUCCUGA